UGUAUAUAACUAAUAUAACCUAAAUUUUUAGUCUGAAAUUAAAUGUCGUAGGGGAGUGUCGUCGCAGUCGUUGCGAAUUUCAAAAGUGCUCGAAAAAAGAGACCAUGUCUUCACGGCAAGGAACAUUCAAAAACCCAUUCUCCAGACCGUGGAUGUCGGAGACAGGUGCAGCGGCUGCGGCUGGUGGUUCGGGUUCAGUAGGCUUAAAGGGAGUUGUAGCCGGCGGAAUUACAGGAGGCAUUGAAAUUUGUAUUACAUUCCCAACAGAAUAUGUAAAAACACAACUGCAAUUGGAUGAAAAAGGUGGUACCAGAAAGUAUAACGGUAUAGCGGACUGCGUCAAGAAGACAGUGAAAGGACAUGGUUUCUUCGGGCUCUAUAGAGGUCUCAGCGUGUUGCUAUACGGAUCGAUACCAAAAUCUGCCGUCAGAUUCGGUGUGUUCGAACAAGCCAAACUGUACAUGGUUACCGACAACGGUACCCUGACGACCACCGGUAAGCUGGCCUGCGGGCUGGCUGCCGGAGUGGCCGAGGCGAUCUUCGCCGUCACGCCCAUGGAGACUGUGAAGGUGAAGUUUAUAAACGACAUGCGCCUAGAGAAGCCCAGGUUCAAAGGUUUCUUCCACGGCGUCAGGACUAUUGUUAGGGAGGAAGGUGUCGGAGGUGUAUACAAGGGUGUCUCGGCGACGAUCAUGAAGCAGGGCAGCAACCAAGCCAUCAGGUUCUUCGUUAUGGAGUCUCUGAGGGACUGGUACAAGGGCGGAGACAGAGAUAAGCACGUCCCUAAGUACAUUGUUGGACUGUUCGGUGGUAUAGCUGGAGCUGCCUCGGUGUUCGGUAACACGCCCAUAGAUGUCGUUAAAACGCGCAUGCAAGGCCUGGAGGCGGCCAAGUACAAGAACACCAUUGACUGCUUCGUGAAGACCUGGAAGCACGAGGGUCCGCUCGCGUUCUACAAGGGCACCGUGCCGCGCCUCAGCAGGGUCGUGUUCGACGUGGCCAUCACCUUCACCAUCUACGACAGCAUCAUGGACGUCUUCAACUACGUGUGGAAGUAGACGUGGUGGUGGCUAUCGCGAAUUUAACGAGAAAACUGCCGAAAUUAACACUAAUCAUACAGACAAUUUUACUGGUGGUAGGACCGGUGAGUCCGCGCGGGUGGGUACCACCGCCCCGCCUGUUUCUGCCGUGAAGCAGUAAUGCGUUUCGGUUUGAAGGGUGGGGCAGCCGUUGUAACUAUACUGAGACCUUAGAACUUAUAUCUCAAGCUGUGUAGCGGCAUUUACGUUGUAGAUGUCUAUGGGCAUUACUGGUACCUAUUUCUACCGCAGCGGGUAGAUGACGGUAUAAUAACUGUAGAUUAAUUGCUUAAGAAAAAGUCAUGAAGUAAAAUUUGCAAAAGCAAUAAGUUGAUACGUGCAUCUACAAUGCAAAAGUUCAAAAUGGGUCAUUUGACCCCAUUAUGGUGUGUUUAGUGUUAAUUUCGAAUUGGUUCUCUAAAUGACAAGCUUAAAGUUGAUAUUGACCGUGUAUUUCGCGAAAUAAAAAAAAAUAUGUAGUUGUAAAAAGUAUAUAUUAGAAAUAUCAUGUGCCCCGAAAAAUACGCAUAGUAUAUUUUGUAAACUAUAACUUAAGGUAUCACGUGUCCUCGUCUAACGCACGCGUCGGAGAGAGACGGAAGAUUAAUGUGAUGACGCGUCUAACAACUUGUCAUUGUGCAUUGAAGUAAAGAAAGAAACGACUUGACUCGUAGAGCUGUCUCUGUCAUCACCCAGUGUUACGUAUUUAAAAUGUGACGCGUGCGACAGAGACAACACUAGUAAUCCGAAUGAAAACUAUUGGUUCUAUUAAGUGCAUUCGAAUCAUUUUUUUCUCAAGUUCUCAUAAUCUUGUUUUCUUGUGUGUUCGUUUGGGUAAUUUUUUUUUGAAUGAGCAAAGAUAUUUCAAAAUUUUAACUUAGCUCAGAAUCAAGAGACUAUACAAGAGAGGUACCACCGUCCCGCCCAUUUCUGCCGCGAAGCUGUCACGAAAUCCGGCUUAAAAUGCGAGACAGAAUUUACACUAUGAAAUCGAGACUUGCUCACGGUGUGGUCUUUGUCAUUGUUGUCCAUGGGCCGGUACCCACGACAGACCAAACCGACUUUGAGCUCGUCCAUUCUACUAGUGGAACAAAAAAAGUGGUUCCUUUUCAAAACAUGAUUAUUUAUAAUUACAUAAUCAAAAUCACUUUUACGCGUUUUAAUCUCGCUUAUAUUAGCGUCACUACAUCAUUUCUGACGCUUAGAAUACAUAAUACAGUUUACGUGGUCACUUCAUUCACAUAUGUGACCACGAAAACUGUAAAACUUCCACGAAGAACACAAUAAACUCGAAAUUUAAACCGUAAAAGUGUUUUUAAUUAAGCCUUAAACUAUCGCGAGACUCAAAGAAAAUCAAUUUACUUUUUCAUUGUACAUUUGGAGAACUGCACUAUGAAUAACGGCGCUGUCGUCUCAUUUAGCUAAUUAGUCUUUAAAUAUUUCUGUGUUACAAUGGGCACGUCUGACACCCCGAAACCCGAAUGUGAUAUCGUUUUUAACAUUACGAUAAAUUAUUUUUACAUAAUUGAGUCGUCUAUUAUCAAAGGCGGCAAUCUGUGCAUUUGGACAAAAAAAAAUUAUUGAUAUGUCAAUACAGAUUGAUUUGAAUAUAAUCGUCUCCUUCAAAGAAUACGGUUCAAAACCUGCAUUAAAUAAAGGUUAAUAGUUAACCUGUUAUUUAUCUAAGAUGUCGUUCCGAAGAGUUUUGUGACUGCCAAUGGAAUACAAAGUCAAUAAUUCGUUUUUCUGAUUUACCAAUCAUUGUCCAAAAGUCAGAUUGCCGGCUUUGAUAAUAGUCGACUCAAUUACAAUAACAAUAUUAUUGACAGUCGAAAAAGAUAUCGAAUGUCACUAAUACUAAUUUCGUAAUUAUAAAACUUUUGGUCUUAUCUGUACAUGUGUAUAAGUCGGUUGCCGGACUAUCGACUCUAAGGCGACGCGUUUAAGGCACAUUCUAAAAAAAACAACCUGUAGAUAUGUGUGACGCGUUGAUUCAAUAUUAUUAUGCUUCUGCGAUUAAAAUCUGAGACGAUUUUAAGUGAUGAAUUAUGUUAAGACUAAACCUUGCUACUAUUGGCAUAAGGUUGAAAUUUAUUUUCUCAUUUUGGUGUCUUUACAUACAUUUUCGAAUCAAUUUUUCUAAAAUAAAUUCAAUUGUUCUGUGUAACGCUAUGAAAUGAAAUAGAAAUGGAAAUAUUCAAUUUUAUGAAUUGCAAGCGUACUUGCCCAACUUAAUGUCUCUAAUUUCAUGAAAUACUAUUAUUAAAAUCACUAAAGUCACUUAUGGACUUUACAAACAUAAAUUGUAUAUGAGUCGACUAUUAUCAAAGCCGGCAAUCUGACUUUUGGACAAUGAUUGGUAAAUCAGAAAAACGAAUUAUUGACUUUGUAUUCCAUUGGCAGUCACAAAACUCUUCGGAACGACAUCUUAGAUAAAUAACAGGUUAACUAUUAACCUUUAUUUAAUGCAGGUUUUGAACCGUAUUCUUUUUUUUUUUUUUUUUUUUUUUUUUUUUUUUUUUUUUUUUUUUUUUUUUUUUUUUUUUAUGAUUGAAAGUUUACUGGUGGCCCGAAGGCCUUUCCAGUUUCACCAGGACAGGUGGGCGAGCAAAGGCUCAGCCAAGAGGGGUGGGAUUUGCUAACAACUGCCCGAGCGCCUCCGAAGGAGACCUAACAACUCAAGAGCAAUUGUUUCGCGAAUGAAUCUACUACCGGAUCGGAAUCGCGACCCGCUGAGAAGAUCCGGCGAGAAACUCAGCGGGCUGAUGCAUGGGUUAGGUUGCACGUCGACCUCUUUGUCGAGUUCGACGAGUACGGUUACCGGGGUCCCUAAGCCUGCCCCUAGUAUUAGAGCUGAAGGCAUCUAAUGCAAAGGUUAUUGGAUCUGAUGGAUCCGUAAGGACGUGUCUAGGGCGUCGACGGUGACUGGCUCUUGCAUGAUCAGGAUUCGGGGAGUAGUCAGCGGCGGCAACGAUAAGGCGAUUAUCAUGACGCAUAGCCUUAUCGAAGUAUCGUUCCGACGCUGACUUCAUGUAUUUCCGAAUUGAUUCGAGGCCCAGGUCGUCGUGUAGGUCAACGUUCCUCACGAACCACGGAGCCCCGACAGCUAACCUGCAAAAGCGGGAUUGUAGGGAUUGGAGGGUGUCUAUGUGUGUGCGGGCCGCGUGAGCGAACACCACACUCGCGUAAGUCAUGACGGGCCUUAUGCAAGUUUUGUAAAGUGUCACCUUGUUCCGAAGGGACAUUUUACUCCGCUUACAGAUCAUGGGGUAGAGUCUACCGAGAAUAAACGCGGCACGGUCACGGACUGAUUUUAUAUGCGGGCGGAAUGUCAUCGAUGCAUCCAGGGUAACGCCCAGGUACUUGACCUUCCUGGCCCAGGGUAUGGGUUGUCUAAAGAGAGUAAUCGGGGGUGUGAGAUUCCUCCUCCUAAUCCGGGAGGAAAUCCGUGUGGAGCUUCCCCUCUGAAAUAGCACCGCAGUACUUUUCGCUGGGUUGAUGUCUAUGCGCCAUUUUCGGAACCACUGUCCUAGGGCUAGGGCUGCGCUCUGAAGCUUCUUCGCGAUUAGGGACUUAUUUCUACUAGAAUAGUAAACAGUCGUGUCGUCGGCGAAUAAAGCUAAAUGGGUCGGCGGCGACCGGGGAAUAUCGUUGACGAAUAAGCUAAAUAGGAGGGGUGAGAGGACAGAGCCUUGCGGGACUCCAGCUGUGAGAGGUCGUGGGGAGGAGCGGGUUCCCUCGACUCGAUAUCGAAAAGAGCGGUUCGACAAGAAGUCCCGUAUGAUGAGCACGAGACUAUCCGGCACGCCCAUGUUGAAUAGUUUGAAAAUCAAACCAUUGUGCCAGACUUUGUCGAACGCUUUUGCGACGUCGAAGAAGAGAGCUCCCGUGUAUAACGGUUUUGGUCGAUUAAGCCCCACAAGAAUGUGCUCCGUGAGGCGGUGCACCUGUUGAACGCAUGAGUGAUUUGUACGGAAUCCGAAUUGUUCAUCGAUAAGAAUGCCCUUGGAUGAGACGAAGUCUCUGAGGCGUUUGUAGAGCAGACGCUCAUACAGUUUGCCUAGAGACAUGAGGAGGCUAAUCGGGCGGUAGCUCGUCGGAUGAUCGAACCGUAUUCUUUGAAGGCGACGAUUAUAUUCAAAUCAAUCUGUAUUGACAUAUCAAUAUUUUUUUUUUGUCCAAAUGCACAGAUUGCCACCUUUGAUAAUAGACGACUCAUAUAUCUAAAGUGUUCUGAUUUUAGAAUUUAAAAACAAAAACUAGUCACUUGUGGAAACUUAAUAUCUAAAAGCUCUUAAAGUGAGAAAUGUCAGUGAGAACACUAUGUAUGUAAAAUGAAAUUAUUUAAAUUAGUAUUGAGCAUUUGCUUGGUGAAAGGACGAAAAUCUAUAUUUCUGUUAAAAAUAUUCAAUCCCUUUGACAAACAGAUGCAAAAUGUGGAAUUAGCGUUUCUAUAUACAGCGUGUUCUCUUUGGAACAUCACUUUGAGUGCACAGAGCUUGCCGCUGUGACGUCACACAUCACCAAACAACAUUGAACUUAUAUCUCGAGGUGGGUGGCGCAUUUACGUUGUAGAUGUCUAUGGGCUCCAGUAACCACUUAACACCAGGUGGGCUGUGAGCUCGUCCACCCAUCUAAGCAAAAAAAAAAAACUCGUCGCCAAACUUACUACAAAGUAGGUUAUGGUUAUUUUUAUCAAUGAAACGUGAACGUUGGAAGCCAUAUAAUUAUUUUAUUACCAUUUAUUAUGACAUGUGAUUCGCGCAAUCAUACGCAAGUAAUGAAAAGUGAAAUAUGAAAUAUAUAUUUUUUUUAAUUAAUUUAUUUUUUUGCCGAUUGUAAAACAAAUCGUUUAUUUUUUUUAAAGAUAUUUUUUAAUUUAAAUAUUUCCGUAUUCCGUUUUAUAUUUUUUAAUGUUUUUUUUUUCUUUUUAAUAUGUGAAGAAUUCCAACAGAGAUGCUUUUGUUCGUUUUCGCAUUUAUUUUUUGUUUUUACAUCUAAUGUCACGCCCUUAAGGAAUUGUCGAAAGAAAAUGUACUUUAAGGAAACCCCAUUUAAAGUCUUUAUCGAUUUAAAAUGUCUAUAUACAUAUUUUUUUUACUACUUUUUUCAAUAAUAUUAUAGCUAUUAAUAAACCAUAACUGAAGAGUUUUAGACAAAAUCAACUACGGCUGUUUCGAUUGCCUAAACCUAACUACCGGAAAGGCAAUGAGAUAUAUCAAUAAUACGUACAAAAUAUUUUUUAAGCUUGCAACAUUUAUUUUAUCUUGCAAUGACGUGCAGAACACGUUUUCUUCAUAAAAAGCUUUUUUUUAAUUAAAGAUAUUAUAAUGUCAUGUUAUGUUGUAAAAUAUCUUAGUACAGUAACAUUUAUUUAUUUCUUUAACAAAAUCAACAUGAAUUUUGCGAAUUCUCUGUCCACCAAACAUUAGAUUAAUUACUAAAGGCAUUAAGUUUUCGUUCGUUAUAGGUUUUAUUUCGCUGUAACUAAAUGACGUAGUGGAGAAUGUUAAUAAAAAAAAAAAACGUUUAUGUAUUAAAGAUAUUAAUUAAAAACUGUAAAAAUAAGGUACCGAAAUUCAGAGGUAGGUAGCAAAUUUGGCUGUGCCCAUAACACCUAUAAUCAGCUUUGCCUAUAAAGAGGCAUACGCGUUUUACAUUAUUCGAGGUUGAGACGAUGCUUUUUCACUUUCUUGCGCAUUUGUAUGACACACGUGAACUCUGACGUCAUUGUUUUAUAUGAGUCAUCUAUUAUCAAAGGUGGCAAUCUGUGCAUUUGGACAAAAAAAUGUUAUUGAUAUGUCAAUACAGAUUGAUUUGAAUGUAAUCGUCUCCUUCAAAGAAUACGGUUCAAAACCUGCAUUAAAUAAAGGUUAAUACUUAACCUGUUAUUUAUCUAAGAUGUCGUUCAGAAGAGUUUUGUGACUGCCAAUGGAAUACAAAGUCAAUAAUUCGUUUUUCUGAUUUACCAAUAAUUGUCCAAAAGUCACAUUGCCGACUUUGAUAAUAGUCGACUCAUAUAUACAUCGUGGUGUCUGUCGCAUGAAAUUAAAACACUCAUUCGUUUUGUUUUUAUUGUUAAUUGUAUCGUUAUAUUCUUGAUGGGAAUUAUUAAAAUAAGCACGUGUCGCAUCACUAUUGCAUUAUAUACAAUUUUCUCACAAUAGAAAUUCUGUUUUAGCUAAAUUUUUUUCAAACUGUAAACCGUUGUACUAUAGUUUGUUAUAACACGUUAACUGCCGAAACACUAAAAGCAAAAAUAACGUUCACAAUUUGUAGUGAACAUUACGUGUGACGUCAUUUGUGUUCAAACGCUGACACAACCACUGAUAGUACAAAAAUACAUGACGUAUGUAUUGCUAGCUUAAUCUGUCUUAUAAAAACUUUUUAUCAAAUUGUAUUUAGUGAUUUAAAAUAAGAAUUUUAAUUCAAUUAAGAUUACUUAAAAUGUACAAAGUCGCUUCGGCAGUCAACGUGUUAGUACUGAUUAUAAAGAAAAUAUCAUUCCACACUCUACGCUUAUCCUUUGACAAACAGUUUUAUAUUUUAACGAAUACCUUUUGAUGUAAUGUUGACAUGUUGAAUUAAUUAUUUAUUUAAUGUUUUAUUUUAUUUUUUCUUGAAUGAAAACAAAUCGUUGUGGAAAA